AUGUACCCCCGUGGAACGGAACUGGAACAAGGCGAUUCCGGGGCACUGCUGGUCGGAAGAGGCCAUCAAUGCGAUUGGAGUUGCCCAGGGAUAAAGCUAACAGUUUGCCACGCAGCCAUUGCUGCAGCUACAGAUAUUACCUUGUCCAUUCUCCCGACUGUAUAUCUCUGGAAUAUCAAGAUCAAUCGAAAAGUCAAAUUCGGAGUUUGCUGCAUCAUGGACUUGGGAUUUACGAGUGGUGGGUUUGCUAGUGCACGCACAGCUUUGGUUCCUAGCCUUACUGCAACUCAGGAUCCGACCUGGGAUCUAGUGCCUCUCUUCACGUGGGCAGUCUAUAGGUCGCAUUGCUCAUCUAGUCGUGCCAGAACGAAGCCGCUACAACCUAAAGAACUCUCAGAUGAGGAUGUACACUCGGAACGGGAAAGCGGAGAUUUGUCGCACUGUGCAGCUGGCAAUAGUGGAAUCCUAAAGACAACCGACAUACAUAUUAUUCGCUCGCAACCUCCGAACGGCGACGACAAUCCUCGCAGUUCAAGUGUCGAGAAGUUGGUUAAUUGA